AUGACGAGUGAAAAAACUUCAGACGGGGCCAAGUCCAAAGAAGGUAUAUCACAAGAAAUUAGAGAAGAUCUACCCAAUCAGGACAUGAUAUCUGCAGAUCUAUCAGAUGGGGCAUCUUGCAAACAGAUUGUAAUGGCUGAAGAGGCAUCAGAUGGGGUCACGUCAAAGCUACCUGUACUGCACGGUGAGGCCCCAGAGGGAGCCAUGGAUAAACACGGAGAAGCUGACAUGACAGAGCAGGAUUUAGCGUGGCGUUGGACACAGGACCUCAUUGAUAAACCGUCUAAAGAAAUUAUCAAGUUAAUGAAAGAAGACGUGAGGCUGAUCAGUAGAAGAAUUACUGUUGUGUGCUCAAAGGGAUGUGUUUGUUCCACCAAUUUUGAAAGACUCGCGUUUGAUGGAGAUGCAGCUAGGAAAAACACUCUUCAAAACUUUCAGACUAUCAUUGAACGUGGACGCUGUCCUCACAUGUUCGCAGCCGAAAAUAAAGUUUCAACUUUACAAACCACCGACGAUAGUGCCAACAGUUUACAGACAGAGCAGUGUGGCGAUGCGGUUCUGGCCGGUUUCACUGCCGUCCAUAUUGCAAGUACAUUUGGUAAGGUCAAAGUUGUAGAAUACAUUGCGCAUGCGCUACAAGAAAGAAUCCGAUCACCCUACAUUUUGGGAUGUGACGAAAUGACUACCUCUGUACACAUGGUCGACCCAUAUUACCUGGCAGUACUCCACAGACAAGACCAGCUUUUGGGAGUUCUUACGUCACACAUCAGUUCGCCAAUGGCUUGCUCGGUGAUGUAUAAAAAAGUUCUCCAUGACACCAUUCGAUUGGCUGUGCAGGAGGACAACGUUCGAUCUCUGAAAAUCCUCAUUUCCGCUGGUCGCUGUAAAACUUACUAUGUCACACACCCCAGAGAUAUUAACUGCGCUUUGCUUGUUGCUAUCAAAUGCCGACGAAUGAAGUGUAUAAAAUGUCUCUGUAAGAAAGGAGCCGUAUUGUCUCCUUUCUGUUUCUUGGAUGGAUUUUUCACGUGCUCAUGCCUGGUAAGGAAGGACGAAGUCAUCAAGGAUAUGCUCCUACAGGCUGACAACACUGUGGUUCAAGAGAUUCUUCGAUGCGGUGGUGUAGACUGUCGCCAUAUGCUAUAUUAUGCUGUAUGUUAUGAUAAUACUUCGGUGACGGCCUACAUCCUCGAAAAUUACAAAAAGAUGUUGUCCAAGAAAAAAUCCUGUUUCAGACUUCCAAUAAUCAUUCAGGCCGUCCUGAACAAUUCUACAAGAAUGAUUGAAGUUUUGCUCCGCAGUGAACAUGUCCCUACCAACCAAAGGUACAAACAGUAUACAGCCCUUAACUGGGCUCGAGCUCUUCACUUUGAUGAUUGCGCCCUACUCCUAGAGAAUGCUGGCGUUGCGUAUGAUAGCGAUGCUAUACAGAACUACCCACCAUUAGUGAUGUUAUUUGGGGAGUACAUCACCAGCUUUUAUUAUAGUAAAUCUGCUCUCAUUCUUCGGUUGCUACAACAUGGAAAUGAUGUAAAUCGUGAGUCGGUAAACGGGAAAACGGCACUCUACACAGCUCUUGAGAUUCAAGCCUAUUCUGUGGUACGGCAGCUGCUCAUGGCCGGGGCUGACCCCUUCUUCGGCCGGAACUGUCUUACGACCUUCCUGUCGCUUAGGCUCCUAGGGGAGCUCCUGUAUGCAAAUGUGAACAUUUUUCGAAGUCGUCCUGAAGAGUCACUUCUUCAUCAGCUUCUUUUUUCAUUUCCACAUUUACAUUGUCAUUUGGUGUUUCUGUUAAAACAUGCACACUCCAUACCUAAAUGCAACCGAAAACUCCUUAAUUCAUUACAUGACAGUAACACUGUGUCACGUGAUAUAUUAGACCAAAUUCAUAUUUAUCUGUCGACGCCGAAGUCGCUGGUCCUAAGAUCACGUGAUGUUGUUCGGAGCCAUUUUGGAUACAAGAUACAUGACUUUGUCCGAGUUUCUAAUCUCCCGUCUCAAAUCAAGUCUAUACUAAAACUGGAAGGAAUCUUGGACUUUUUCUUAUCAAUGUCUUUCCAACAAUAG